AUGCAUAUUGUUGCAGUUCCUGAAGUAUAUGGGGCGCGUUUGCCACGUCCUGCUGUGUGCUGGCGGCGCACCCUCCGCAUCUCACCUCUCCGGCUGUCCGGCGGCGGAAGUCCAGCGAGGCAGCGACGCGCAGACGCCCACCCCGAGGAUCCACCACUCUGCCCCCUCCAGGACACCACUCCGCGGCUCUGUGCGCGCCUCGGCCCCCUCCACGACUCGAGUCCAGUCCAGCGAACUCCAUCCCUCCACAAUUCCACUCAACGGCAGCCUACUGCUUCCGUCCUGGACUUCACCUGCGAGUCCCCUCCAGGUUCCAGGCCUCCACAUUCAGAUUCAGCCAUGGUAAACUUUGAUGCUGCUACUGAUGGCAGCCACGAAGCAGGUUUUCCUGCGUGUGUGCGUGGAUGUUUGCUGAUGCCGUGCUAUACAUCUAUUAAUCUGUUAUGUUAUUAUGUCGUUAUUCAACACUUGAUAUAAUAUACAUUUGACCGAAUACACUUUGUUGUUGUCAUUCAAAAGGUUCAUGCCAAA